AUGGCAUUUUUCGAUUCAGACAAGAGGCCGCGAGGACUGCGCGUUCCCUCGCUGGGCAGGAAAACCAAGCCGGCAGCCACUGCUUCUGUUCCUGUUCCUCAGCCUGUUCAACCUGUUCAGCCAGCUUCAAGUCAAGCUGCUGUUCCUGUUCAAGCUGCUCCUGCUCAACAGAUGCCUCCAACCCCUCUCCCUGCAGAGAAGCGACUGCCGCCUUCGCCAUUGCCUUCUCCGCCCGAGUAUAGGAAUAGACCUUUUGCUCCUACACAGGCUUCUUAUACAGGACAUUCUACACAGGCUUCUUAUGCGGGACCUCCUACACAGGCCUCUUAUACAGGACCUACUCGAUCUCUCCCCAGACAGCAGCAGCCCGCUACACCCCCCGAAGAACCCCCGUUGGAAGACUUCAUCCCAGAUCCAGAGAGCGACAGCACAGGCACCCAAACCCCCGCCGAACCCAGCACGCUCACGCCCGAACAGAGCGAGAACGACAGCAAUGGCGGCGACGCCUGGCUGCCACCGCAGCCGGAACCCAUCGCCGCCCCGCUGGGUAAAGUCCAUUUCGAAUGCUUUACCGCGCACCGCACAAUGCACCCCUCGAACAACGUCUGGUAUGCCGUUCCGUGCAUGACCUGUUUGAAACAGGACCGCGAGGUCCGUCAUCGCUGUGUGUUCUGUUGUCUGCGCGUCUGUGCGACUUGUUACGACGGCCUGCUCAAGUGUGAGAAUCGCUCGUUGGCUGCUUUUGUUGCUUCUUGA